UGCGAACUAAAGACUCUAUAGGUCAUACUCCUUCCACUGCGCUGUGCCGCGUCCCAGCUUUUGGUCGGGACCAUGGAUCAGCUGAUGAUCAGCGCUUCAGAAAGCGCUUCGCCUCACGACCACGCGCGGCGAUGAUGCCAUUAUGGAGCCCGUGGCAUGUGAGGAUGGAGCUGAGGUCAUCAAGGACCUCUACCUCCAGCAGGCAUCGGCCGCCGCAGAGCUCACGAGCCUCCGUUCCUCCUGGGCCUCCCUGGCGCGUCAGCUGCAGCCGCUGCUGCACCGGCUCCGGACAUCCGCACAGCACGUGGACGCGGCGGCGGCGCGGCGGCAGGCGGCAGAGCUGGUGGAGCUCUUGCGGACGUGUGGCGGGCGGAGUCCCGGGGAGCAGCUCGAGGAGGCGCAGAAGCGGGCAGAGGUGGCGACCAAAGAGAUGCUCCGGCAGGCAGAGAAACACGAGGAGCUCAGGAGCUCGUUGGAGGCGUUGAACGAAAGCAAUCGGAGACUGUUGGAGCAAUCGCGCUUCCAGCGCGACGAGAUCGAUGCCCUGCAGCACCGCACCAGCGCCGAGCAGCGCCGCGCGCAGCUCGUCGCGCUGCGCCACGCGGAGCAGCGCGACGCGGCGGGGGCCGCGCGCGCGGCGCAGGGGGCGGCGAUGAAGGCGCAGGCCAUGGAGCAGCAGAGGAACGCGCUGGGGCGGAUGGAGAGCUGCAGGCAAGACGUGGUGUCCUCCGCCCGGAAGCAGUUGCAGGCGGUCGCUGGUCUCCGCGCAGAGCAACAACAACUGAGGCGAGAUAUGGUCAAAUUCCAAGAGGAGAUGAAGGUCCUAUUGGAGCCGAGCAAUGCGCUGCGGGUCCUCAACCGUGGCACGUUCCACAUGAAGGCUGAGGAGCAGAAGCAAAGGCUGCAGAAGUCUAUGGAAGAGCUUUCUGUGGCAAUGCGGGUGGAGCAGCAGCAACACGUGCGGGCUUCAGCGAGCUUCGGAGCUGAGUGCGACCACUUCGCGGUGGCUGGGCGGCGAGUCCAAGCGCUGCUGGCGCGCCAGACGACGCUGCAGGCGUCGCAGCUGGAGGCCCUUGAGAAGAAGACACGCUUAGACCAGGAGGAUUGGAAAGAGGAACUGGGGAGAUUGGAGAGGUACUGCGAGGAAGCGAGGUUGAAGCAGUGCCAAGACGACGAGGGCCUCGCUUUGCUGCAAGCCAAGCAGGAACACCUGGAGCAGCAGAUCAGCAGCACAGAGGCUAGCAUCCAAGCGGCUUACCAGGAGCAAUUGGAGCUUACUCUCCGCAGCCAACAAGCAGAGGCAGCGCUCAGCGCUGCCUGCGGUUGUACUCGGCAUUUGCAUCAGCAGAUCAUGCACUUGGAGCAGGCAAUGCAGAGCAGCAGCCAGUCGGAGCUGGAGAGUGCAAAGCUUGACUCUGAGCACAAGGCGCACGCCCGGUCCGCCCUGCGGGCGUUGGAGGCCGACGGCCGGCAGCGGCACCUGGAGGCUCUAUCCGCCAAGUUGGAGGAGGGGGAGCAGGUCAUCCGCACUCUGGAUGUCAAGUUGAAUGAGGAGAAUGCCCAGUGCGACCAGUUCACAAGUGAACUCUCGGAGCUGCGCCGGUCGCUGGGAGACCUACAGGAUGCAUGCCAAAGUCAACAGGACGAGCUGGUCGCUCAGCGCAGAAGCGCUGGUGGUGCUGUGACCGAGCUCCAGGUGGACUGCGAGCGUUUGUCCAGCGAGGUGGCGGACGUGGAAUGGGAGAUCAACAGGCUUGAGGAGCACCGUGCCCUCCUGCAGCGUCUCUGGCACGACGGCGCCCGGCGCCUCCAACGCCGGGCCGGUGACGGCGAGGUCCGCGGCGAAGAGGAGAAGCUCCAUUUGCUCAAGCUGCAGCUUUCGGGCAUGUUGGAACAGGAGAGCCAGUUGCGCUCAGAGGCGGCAGCUGGUCGUCAGCAAGUUGCAUCCAGCAAGUUGGAGCAGAGCGGGCGGUUGAAGCAGAAGGAACUCCUCAGAGCUCAAGAGAUCGCUGAGCUUCGGCUCCGGUUGAAAGAAGAGACCGUGGCCAAAGAGCAGGCCCAAGAAGAGCUGAAAGUAGCUUCCCAAGGCGACCUGGUCAUGUUCAAGAAAACCGAGGAGUUGUGCCUGCAGAAAGUGGACGCUGCACGGCGCAAGAAGGGAACCGUCCAGGAGAGCCGUCGCAAAGCCCUGCAGGCUGCGACCGAGGCCAUGGCAGAGCUACAACGCAAGCAGCAAGGGCUAGAACAGCAACUGGCCAGUGUCAGGCAACGCUUGAAUCAGGGCGAACAGCACUUGCACUGGUCUCGUCAGCAGCUGCAAAUGCAGGAGUCUGGCCCCAGCACUCGUGCAAGAGCUGAGGUGGAACGCUUGGACCGUGCCAUUCAACAGGCCAUGGACCAGGACGCCUCGUUGACGAAACAGCUGGAGGCUCAGCAGGGGCCUCGCCACCUCAAAGCUGCGAUCGCGACCCCGGCUUCGCCUCAAGCUGAGCCUCAAACUUUGCAUCAGAGGCCCUUCCAAACAGAUGGCUUUCAGCAGAUCCAGCAGAAGUUGGACAGCCACAUCCAUCGCUUGCAGCAACACACCGACCAGCUCCGGAGCAGCGUCGAUUUGCCAGCACACCCUGACAAGCGCACAGGUGACAUCACACCGCUAAUGUACCACAACCAGACCCCAGGUCUGGGCGCGCAAAGACCGCGGUGAAUGG